AUGACCGACGGCUACUUUGCGGCCAGCGACGCAUUUCCCGAGCCCGAGGACCCGACAUCGGGCAUGCAGCUGCAGAGCCUGAGCCUCGCGUGUCGAGAAUCCAGGGGCGUCGUGACUUCAUCGGCAUACGGCCGGCAGGUGCCUGUUUAUCGUGGCCGCUGGCAUCCAGGGAUCCAGUCGAAGCUCGUGCGCGUCGACCCGGCAAGGGACACGCUCUUGGUCGUUCACGUCCCCGACAUGAGCUCCAGUCACGAACCGACGUCACCGCCAAACGAGGACCUCACACAAAGACCGACUCCAGCCGUUCUCAAGGCCUUUCCGCGGGAUAAAGAUCUCUUCAGGCAGUUCCGCGAAGUCGUGUCAUCCUUCCAGCACGUCGCAUAUCGCUACGAGGGACUCAACAGAGCCACUCGCCAGAGCGAGUUUUCGACAAUACCCGACUUCCAGAUGCUGCUGUUCUACUUCGAGUCGCUAAAGCGGCUGUGCGCCUGGCCUGAUCCGAAGACGUGGGGCGACGCCGUGUUGGAGAACGUGGUGGUGGUGGACGAUGUCGAGAGCCUCGAUCCGCCGGAUGAGAACGUGCGCUAUUUGGUCGAAGAGGCCGCAGACAUCAUUGGCGAUCAGAACGAGUAUGCUCAAGCGCAGAGGGAUCAUUGUCCUCGGAGCGACACGCAUUGGAUACCGAUGCCGCGGGAUUUGGGGCGCAUUGGCUGCUAUGCGCCGCACGCUUGGCUGCGACAGGGCGCAGGCUGA